AUGCGCUCUACCCGCUGCGCUGUUGACGUUGCCCUGCUUCCCUCUCCCGCCCUCGUGCCCCACGCCAGCGGCAAAGCAGGAGGAAAGGAGGCCGAUGCCUUCUUCCCGCCACCCACUUUUCAGGCUCAGACGGCCUCGAGAAAGCUCAUGGCCCAGCGCGCGUACCGCCUGGACGGCUACUGGCGAGACCGGCCGACCGCCGCGGGGCUGAAGAGGCUCAACACGGCGUCUCGGGCGUCAGAACCCUCGCUCGCUCGCCCUAAUCAGGUCGACAACAACGUCGUGCGGGGUAGCAAUGUGACGCCGGUCAAAGUCGAAGUCAAGGACGAGCAGCGGGCACCGAGUGUCGUUUUUGGCGGAGAGCGGUCCAUGGACUUGGCAUCCACGAGCUGCUUCGACGUUGCGGAAGGCAAGCCGGCGUUCUUGGAGGAGCUGCUAAUAGGUAACAAGUCAGGACAACGCUCGUCCGUGACUCCAGUGCAGUGCAGUGCAGCCGAGGCUCUUUCUGAGCUACAGCACGGCUUUCCCUAUCCAGUUGUCACACUGGCAAUAUGCCCCGCCAAAUACACCAGUCUCCCACACAAGGCCGCGACCACCUUCGGCGGCAUCACGGCGACCUUUGACAGCAUCAGCGCUUUCGCCCACGGCCCGGCUAGCUCUAUUCCAUCAGUAGACGAGCAAGGUCUCGGGCACUUCCUGACGUUGCCGAUCCCACGUCCUUGCAUUGAAACACGGCGAACCGGGGCCGCGGGGGAGGCCAUCGACCGAGCAGGUGAAGACGACAACAUGGAAGCCGAGUCCGGACCGACCCUUGCUACUGAAACAUUCGACCAUGAGCUGCGGGAAUAUGUCGGCCAGGCUACCGAGUAG